AUGAUAGAAGACUCAUUACAUACAGCAAACAUUCUUAAUAAUUCAGGUGUCCAACAGCCAAUAAAACAAUCUCUUCCUUCCCUUAACAGAUUUCAAACACCUUUAUCCGCUAGAUCAAAGAAAGUUGUAAUCGAUGAUAAAUCCCUCAAUAAGAUGAAAUUUAAUAUUAGAAUGAGAGUGCUCAAUAGAUCCACAGAAAGGAUGAAAAAAUAA